AUGGAAGCAGAGCAAAACAUUCAACAAUCACAGAUCGAAAAGACCGAUGAUGAGUCCCGCAAAGUUAUUGGAAUGCGCUGGUUUCUGGUGUGCGCUGCUUUAUAUCUAUCUUCCCUAAUGUAUGGCCUCGAUACAACAAUUGCAGCCGACGUUCAGGGAGCUGUUCUCAAGACCUUCCCUUCCGAUGUCUCUCAGCUGGCUUGGAUCGGUGCCGGUUUUCCACUCGGAUCGGUUGCGGUCAUCCUUCCCUACGGCUACCUUUACACGGCGUUCAACAUGAAAUGGCUGUACAUAGCAGGAAUUGUUUUAUUCCAGGCAGGAUCCGCAGUUUGCGGCGCAGCACCCACCAUGAAUGCGCUUAUUGCUGGCCGCGUCUUCGCUGGUGUCGGAGGAACUGGUAUCUACCUUGGAGGUCUCAAUAUCCUCUCAGCCAUGACCGAGAGGCAAGAACGCGGCGCAUACCUGGCUGGCACUGGAUUCGUCUGGGGUCUGGGCGCAAUCCUUGGCCCUGUUGUUGGUGGUAGCUUCUCUGACUCGUCGGCAACUUGGAGAUGGGGAUUUUAUAUCAAUCUUGUCAUAGGCGCCAUUACAGCACCAAUAUACCUGCUCUUCCUACCCUCGCUUCACCCAGCCCCAGGAAAGACGUUACGUGAAAGACUAAUACGAUUGGACUAUGUGGGCUUCGCACUUAGUGGAGGGAUGUGGGUUUCUUUCGCAAUGGCUUUCAUAUCAGCCGGGGGAAUCUGGGCUUGGAAUGAAGGCAGGACAGUCGCAUUGAUUGUCGUCUUUGCUGUCCUCUUUAUGUCUUACGCGGCCCAACAAUACUGUUGCAUCAUGACCACAGCCCAGACAAGAUCUUUCCCAGGUCACCUCCUCAAAUCCCGGACCCAAAUACUACUUUACAUCACGACAACAUGUGCAAACACCGCCAUGUUCUUCACAACCUUCUAUAUACCGGUCCAUUUCCAAUUCGCCCAGAAUGACACCUCACUCAUCGCAGCUGUCCGGCUCCUCCCCUAUCUCCUGGUAACCAUAACAUUCAACCUCGCAACCGGCUGGGUAUUGCCCAAAGCCAAAUACUACAUGCCCUUCUGCCUAAUCUCCGGUAUUCUUUUGACAAUUGCCUCCACGCUCUUCUUCGUCUACCUCUCACCGUCAACCCAACCUGCACAGGUAUAUGGCUUCAGCAUCCUAAUGGCCGUCGGCACCGGUCUCACAAUGCAACUCGGGUAUUCCGUCAGCAGCCUCAAAGUAGCCCCCUCGGACAUUCUCAGCGCAAUCAACCUGCAAAACAUCGCCCAGAUAGGCGCUACCGUGAUCUGUCUCGUUGUCGCAAGCCAGGUGUUCCAGUCAACCGCGGUACGCAAUUUAAACGGCGUGCUAGUUGGCCAGGGACAUGGCCACAUUUACAGUCAGACGGAAAUCCGUAACGCGGUCUCCGGUGCCCAGGGCGCCCUGUUCGAGUCGUUGGAUGGAGAGCUACGUGAGGCUGCGAUUUUGGCCAUCACCGAGGCGAUUCGGCGCGCUUUUAUCAUUCCGCUUGUUGCGGGAGUGGUGGGUGUUAUGGGUUCUUUGUUUAUGAAGAGAGAGAGGUUAUUUGCGUGA